AUGGCAAAGGACAAGUACUGGAAAAACUGCAAGAAAUGUCGCCAUAUGAAGAAAGUGUCACAGCGGAGACUGAAGGCUGCUGUAUCUUCUCAUUCCUGUGGCAUGGUGGUUCAAAGACAAUUGAAUAAAGCAAUCAGCACUCAUACUCCAUCCAAGGGUGGUAUCCCUACAAAGACACCGAUCAGCGUACGAGAGUGUGCUGUGUGUCUGGUAUCAGCCCCAAUUCAAGACUUUCCGCAACUUGCGUCCUGCAAUCACAUCCCAGAUGUGUGCCACGAUUGUUUUUUUGAAUGGCUGGAUCAGAAAAUGGCCACUCAUGAUACAAACAGUAUCGCUUGCCCGUCCAGCGAUUGCGAGGCAUUAAUCAUUCACCAAGACGUCCAAAAGUACGCUUCCCCAGAAGUCUUUGCUCGAUUCGACGAACUCUCUAUGCGUAGCCUCCUCAGUACAGAUCCAGAAUUUCUGUAUUGUCCAGCUGUAGGUUGCAAUUCAGGACAAAUUCACAGCAGUGGUGUUGAAGGCCCAAUCUUUCGCUGUGCCGCCUGCGGGUAUCGAAUAUGCACUGCGCAUACGCCCAUGAUCCCUUUCCAUGAAAACGAGUCAUGCACACAAUACAAUGAGCGGAUUGAAAUCGAAAAAUUAGAAUGCGGAACAAAGAAAGAAAGAGCUCUUGUUCGAAAAAAACAAGACGAGGCUAGUAUCGCGUUGUUGAAACGGGAAACCAGGGAGUGUCCGGGGUGUGGAUCUUACAUUGAAAAGAUACAUGGUUGCGAUCAUAUGACUUGUACUCGGAAAGGAUGCGGUUUCGAGUUUUGCUACAUUUGUCGAGCACCAUAUGCGGGUGCACGGGGCAUUCGCACAGUGGGCAACUUAGCUCAUGCCCCAAGUUGCCGCCAUCAUUCGACUCGGCUGCCUAGAUUUCCAACAUUCGCUCAGUAA